AUGUCAGUCCUUAACACCUCUGAAGUGGAAAUCUCUACCUUCUUCCUCAUCGGGAUCCCAGGGAUGGAGCAUGCUCACAUUUGGAUCUCCAUCCCCAUUUGCCUCAUGUACCUCGUUGCCAUCCUGGGAAACUGCACCAUCCUCUUUUUCAUAAAAACAGAGACCUCUCUGCAUGAGCCCAUGUACUAUUUCCUCUCCAUGCUGGCCGUUUCUGACCUGGGCCUGUCCAUCUCCUCCCUUCCCACCACGCUGAGAGUCUUCCUGUUCAAUGCCACUGGAAUUUCCCCUGAUGCCUGCUUUGCCCAAGAGUUUUUCAUUCACGGAUUCUCAGCUAUGGAGUCAUCGGUUCUUCUUAUCAUGUCUAUCGAUCGCUUUAUAGCCAUCUACAACCCUCUUAGAUACACCUCCAUCCUGACUAGUGCCAGGGUUAUUAACAUAGGCCUUGUAUGUGCUACAUUCUGUAUUUUGCUUAUUCUCCCUUUCCCCUUUAUUCUAAAGAGACUGAGAUAUUGUAAGAAAAGCCUUCUAUCCCACUCUUACUGCCUCCACCAGGAUGUCAUGAAGCUGACAUGUUCUGACAACAAAGUUAACAUCAUCUAUGGACUGUGUGUGGCCCUAACGGCUAUGUUAAACUUGGUGUGCAUUUCUUUGUCAUAUAUGCUAAUCCUGAAAGUUGUUCUGGGCAUCGCGUCUCACAAGGGCCGCCUCAAGGUCCUCAACACUUGUAUCUCCCACUUCUGUGCUGUACUCAUCUUCUAUGUGCCUGUUGUCACCUUGGCUAUUAUUCACCGCCUUGCCAAAAAGGUCUCUCCAGUUAUUAGGGUCAUCAUAGCUGAUACCUUUCUUCUGGUUCCCCCUCUAAUGAACCCCAUUGUGUACUCUGUGAAGAGCCAGCAGAUAAGAAAUCAGAUCCUGGCAAAAUUUUGUGAGAAACAAGGUUGUUGA